AUGACCUGGCCAGUUACUGUCGGUGAUGGAGCCACCGUGAUGGAGGACAGUCCUGGAACAGAGCCGCUCCUGGCUGAGCCGACCCCAUCACCCAUCAAAUACACGUUUAUUGACCCAAAAGACCCCGAGGGCUUCCUGAAGCGAUGCUCGGGUGUGUUGAAAAAGACGAGUUUACGCUGCAGCGCUGUCAUUGGCAAAAAGACGCACCUGAAUACUCACCCCACCUACCUUCCUACAUGCAGCGCCCAUCGCGACCAACGCAGCCUCGCGGGGUGGUGCCAGUUCAAACCCCCCAACGGAGAGAGAUGCGGACGGCUUUUUCGCUGGACGCCGCCGUCGUACUUUGAGCUUUGUCACGAACACCAAGGUUACCCCGGUACGCCCUGUUACUUGCUCAAGCAGCUGCCACUUGAGUUGCGUCACGAGAUUUACCGCUACCUACUGCCUACCGAACCCAUCGGGUCCUCCACCAUUACGCACCAUCAGGAAGGCUCCGAUGAAGCUGGUCCGACCGGUCAAAGGCUCGUCGCAGUUCAUAGGCUCCCUAAUCUUCACCUCCCGCAAUCUCGCUAUCACUGCAAAGCGCCAACAUCCAAAUGUGUCUUUCCUACGCGACUAGUGAGCCUACUUCUAGUAUCCCGUAAAGUUCACGACGAAAUAAAGGACUUGCUAUUUAGCAUUGCCACGUUCAAGGUUGAUGUUCGUCGAGACGGUACGUUCAUGUGUGGGCGCCGACUGCUGGAGCCAAAGCGCGCGGACGGGUCAUCGCACGUCUGGGCUGCCGAGGCCGAUGACGCUAGGAACAGGUUCCUGAAGACAUUCAAUUGGGGCUUGGUAAAGAACUAUACUGUCGAUAUAUUGUUGGAGAACUGGGUCAAUGCAUUUCUUGGAAUGGGCCCUGCCUGGGACGAAGAAGUCGAAAUCUACGAUAUACGAGAUUAUAUCUCCGUUGUCGUAUCAGGCAUCCUGGCCAAAGCGCAGAAGCUGUGCAAGCUUCAAGUUCGACUCUGUCUGUCGGAAUUCCAGUGGUCAGAAGAGCAGAUUUUCUCAAACUCACGGUUACUUUUCGAGCCCUUUGAGCGACUACGCAAUGUGCGUCAGGUAAGUCUGGGUGGUGUGUUUCAAGGACGGCCAGAGGACAACUCCAUGUUGUUAGUCUCGCCCCACUCACCAUACACUCGGGGGCUACCAGACCGUCUCGAGACCUGCUCGGUACCAUCACUGCCUACCAAUGACCCAAUUUUGGUUGCAGGCAUGCCUGCAUUCGAUGCCUAUGUCUCUGAAUGGAAACGCAAGAUUUCUUCCAAAAGCUCCACGGCUGUGACCGAGGAACCACCCAUCCGGAGAAUGUUUGCCGAGUUCCGCAACUUCUACACCCAGCUGUCAUCCUAUGUACCAGACGUCAUGUACCGAAGUGGGAAGCAUACUUUUCUGCAUCGAGCCAGGGUGGCUCGCGAAAAAGAAGACGUGAUAGUCUUUCGAGAUAUCCAAAACGAGCUCGUUCACUACUGGACUGCAUACCUACUGAAUGAAGAGGACCGCAAGAGGAAAAUGAACACAAUCUUGGAGAAUCUUCUCAAAAGCGAUAAAUACCCCUCGCACGUCUGGGAAGAGACCAGUUCAAGACAGAUGCAGUUGCCAUCAAUCAAUAGCAGCAGUGUGCAAUCUCCCAUCCAUCUAGAUUCCAACAGGAUGGCCAGCGCUAGCAUACCGACCAGGGGAAGCUCUGUAAAUUCACAAAGGGAAAUGGAAAUGCAGGGAUAUCGCGAAGCGGAGCUACGAGUCAUACGUGCGUGGACGCAGAACGUAGACCAAAGUGUGGGACGACAGCGUACGCUUUUACCUCGCCCUGGCCCGAUAGACAGCCCAACUUUCCUAGCCGAAUGCUCUGCCAAACUAGCCAACGUCAAUGAAGCCAACAUGCGCCAACAAGCUCGAUGGCAGCAAACCGGUACUACACGAGAUGGGUGGGAGCAAUUCGAUGCUCUCAUGUGCGGUGAGGAUAGUAGCCCAAGUACCAUCGCCGCCGACGAUACGUACAAUGUCGCUUUUGAGAAUCACUAUAUAGCGCCCGAGGGUGAUCCGGGCCCGUCUACCAAACGGCGACGCAUUGAUUACGCGCCUCAGUCGGAAAUGCAGCGUUCGCCAUCUACAUCUGGACCCAUAUAUCCAUAUUUGCCUUACUCGGGAAAGGGAAAGGGGAAAGCCCCCGUACAAGCCAGGGAUGAGGUUGGUUCAUACUAG